CAAUCUCGCUACGUGAAGUUCGCCUCGCGGCCUCGCCUACCACCACCCGUGCCCGUGUCCCGCCGCCGGCGGCGCUGGGGAUGGCGGGGCCCAAGGCGGCUGAGGACGGCUCGGCGGCUCCGCUGCUGCCUGCGCAGGCGGGGGAACGGAGCUCAGGAGGCGUGGGCGGAGGGGCCACGUCCGCGCAGACGCUGGGGAACGUGGUUGUCUCCAUCGUGGGCACCGGUGUGCUCGGCCUCCCCUACGCCUUCCGCGCGGCCGGCUGGGUCGCGGGCUCCAUCGGCGUCGCCGCCGCCGGCUCCGCCACGCUCUACUGCAUGUUGCUACUCGAGUAGGCGAGUACAGUAGACGCCGGUCGCGUUCUCUCUCUUCCCCACCAUUCGUUCUGCUGUUUGACCGGGCCUGGCGUGCUCUUCGCCAACUUUGUGCUGCAGCCUGCAGUGUUCGCUGUGCUGUUCCCUUCCAGAUCCGAUCAUCCGAAUGGCUCAUAAAAUUAAAAAUCUUCUAGAUUUGAAGGGCCGAGACAGCAGUACUUGUGGGGAUAUAUCCUGUUGUACGAUCGUGCAAUCAAUCAAUGUAUAUCAUUGAUUGUAAAUCAUGUAGUGCUAAUGUUUUACAUAUAACCUCUUGUUUUGUGUCUCAGUGCAAAUACCCCCGUUUAUAUUAUUUGAAGACACCAUAAGAUGGACAAUCAAAGGCGGAGAUUGCUUGAUUGCACGAUUGCACCAAUACAUAUAAUUGCACAAGAUAUGUCUUCAUACUGGACUACUGGUGUAUUCCCUCCGACCCCCCAAAAUAUCUUUCUAGUUAAUCAAUCUUAACUUUUGUCAAAUAUAUAAAAAAAUGUGUUAAUUUAUUAUGCAUAAGGAGCAUCAUUAGAUGAAUAAUGAAACACAUUUCAGUAAUAAAUUUAUUUGGAGCUUACUCCAAACCUAGGAUGAUACUUUUUCCUUGGUGGAGAGGGAGUAAGAAAUUUCCCACCUGUUCUUGUAUCGUACAGAUUAUUGAGUUGUGGUUUCCCAUGUCCAAAUUUUCAAGAAACGAACUGCAAAGGACAAAGUGUUUCUGCUUGCAUUACUCUCUCAUUCAUCUUCCAAUAAAAAAACUGGAUAAACUCAAAGAGGAAGAAACUGAAGAGUGCUGUCAUGGUCACUAUACAUAUGGGGAUUUGGGUGACAGGUGCUUCGGGACUAUAGGCCGAUGCUUGACAGAGACCCUCGUCCUUGUUUCGCAGGCUGGUGGUUCUGUAGCAUACCUGAUAUUCAUUGGCCAAAAUCUCCAUUCCACAUUCAGCCAGCUGAUGUCACCAGCUGGCUUCAUCUUUGCCAUCCUCCUGCCUCUGCAGAUAGCGCUCUCCUUCAUCCGCUCACUGUCGUCCCUUUCUCCGUUCAGUAUAUUUGCAGACGUGUGCAAUGUCCUUGCCAUGGCAAUCGUUAUCAAAGAGGAUCUUCAGCUCUUUGACCACCCCUUUUCAAACAGAAGCGCUUUUAAUGGACUGUGGGCAGUACCAUUCACCUUCGGUGUUGCAGUCUUCUGUUUCGAAGGAUUCAGCAUGACCCUUGCACUAGAAGCGUCGAUGGCAGACCGGAGAAAGUUCCGCUCGGUGCUUUCCCAAGCAGUUGCCGCCAUUAUAGCCGUGUAUGUCUGUUUUGGAGUUUGUGGGUACUUGGCCUAUGGCGAGGCCACCAAAGACAUCAUAACACUUAAUCUUCCGAACAAUUGGUCGUCUGCUGCAGUUAAGGUUGGCCUAUGCAUCGCACUGGCAUUCACCUUCCCAGUCAUGAUGCACCCGAUCCAUGAGAUCGUCGAGACAAGGUUCAGAUCCAACAGAUGCUUUCGGAAGCUCAGCCACAACGAUGGCGGCGCGGAGUGGAUAGGCUUGCACGCAAGCCGCGUCCUCGUGGUGGCGGUCCUCACUGUGGUGGCGUCCUUCAUCCCCUUCUUUGGGUCCUUCAUCUCGUUCGUCGGGAGCACCAUGUGCGCGCUUCUCUCCUUUGUGCUGCCGGCUCUCUUCCAUCUCAGCAUUGUAGGCUCGUCAAUACCCUUGUGGAGGCGGGUGCUGGACUACGGCAUCCUUCUCUUUGGUCUGGCUUUCGCUGGAUAUGGUCUUGUCACUGCUCUCUCCUCGCAUUGAACAAUGGCCCAAACAGUCAAAAAAGUGCAGAGAUCAGGAUAUCUUGUGAUGACAGGAGUCAAAUGGAUGCUAGGAGCACCAUAUAUCAGAUAGCACGGCUCGGAUUAGUGCGUGAUUGAACUGAUCCGCUUCAACCCAUAUAGCCGCAGUCAUCCAUGGAAGAUAUACCUUAGCGGAUUGGAAUGGUGAUUUCGAGAAACCAAGUUGACAUUGUUCUAUGCAUGUUACAAAAAUCUACAGAUGUCAUGAACUUUAAGAGCCAUAUCUUAAUCGCGUAUGCAUGUUACACAUCUACAUGUGUCACGUUUCAAAAAAAAAGUUUAUGUUGACUAUUCGAUCCGAUCCAUCAUGUAUGUCACAUUUGAAUAACAAAAAUCCAUUAAUGUGUA